CAACCUGCUCGCUCUCUCCAAAGCCUUCAAAAACCUAUUAUAAAUACACACCUCAUAAACUCUCUCCCUUAAACUCUAAGCUUUGCUUUCUUCCUUUUCUCUAUUCUCAAACUUCAAGAGAACUCUAUCCGUAAGCUGUAACGAUUAUUACUUCGGUUAUCAAGACCGGUUUUAUCGUGGUCAUAGUAGAGAUGGGCGGUCCAGGAUCAUCACCGUGUGCUUCGUGUAAGCUUCUUAGACGACGCUGUGCAAAAGAUUGCAUCUUUGCACCUUAUUUCCCUCCUGACGAUCCUCACAAGUUCGCCAUUGUUCAUAAGGUCUUCGGCGCAAGCAACGUCAGCAAAAUGUUGCAGGAGCUACCGGUUCAUCAAAGAGCUGACGCGGUGAACAGUUUGGUUUUCGAAGCAAACGCACGAGUUAGAGAUCCGGUUUAUGGCUGCGUAGGAGCAAUCUCCUACUUACAAAACCAAGUCUCACAGCUUCAAAUGCAACUAGCAGUGGCUCAAGCCGAGAUUCUCUGCAUCCAGAUGCAAAACGAGCCAACUUUACAGUCUCAUCAUCAAGUACUUGAACUAGACCAAGACCACAAAGCUCUCUUACUACAAAACAACAACAACAACAACAUCAAUAACAUCAAUAACUGCAACAGCAACAACAAUAGCAACAACUUGGGUUAUGCCAUGUCUUCUGGGCAGUUCAACUCUAACUUUGCUUCCCCAAGCAGUAUAAUGCAAAUGCAGAUGCAAAUGCAAUUGCAAGACCCACUUAAGCAAGAAUCUCUUUGGACUUGACUUAAGCCAUUAUAAAAUAAACCUCGUUGUUUGGAAAACUCAAUGAAGUCUCGACAAGUUUGCUUCGUGGCUAUGUUGAAAAUUAGAAGAAGGGAACAAGUUUCGUGUAAGGAAAGUAGUAUAAGUCAAAAGCUUAAAUGCAUGCAUGUGAUGGUGAUGAGAUGUAUUUAGAAGCUUUAGAAUUAGUGAUCUGUUUUUUUUUCUUUUUCCUCUCUUAAUUUGGUUUCUCACUUCUAUUUUCUUUUCCAAUCGUUUGAACAGUGGAAAUUAGAUCUAAUUCCAAAACCAAUUUAAUUUUCUUUGAAGUCUUCAAAAA